AUGUGGACGCUGUUUGGACGUAUUUCUCUGCUUGUGACGCUGGCAGGCAUCGUGAGUGUCAACCAGGCCCAGGACACCACCCCAACACGCACAGCAAAGAAUGGAUCCUUGAUCGGAUGGUUUCUGGCUCCAACAUCCACCCAGAAGAUGACUGCUUCGGAUGUCUGGAUAACAAAGGACGACUAUGCGGGAGCGUGCUCGACGUCGGACGUGGACCAGUGUAGUCUUCCCACUGCCUGCGAAGCCAACACUCUGACCUGGGACAAUGAGGCGACGGCAGUUUGUGCACCGCAAUAUUCCUGCGUUACAUUCACCAUCUUCGAAACCUCACCGGCGGGUCUCCCCUCUGCAAGCAGUGUUGGCUGCUGGCAGGGCUGGAGUGCAUGGACUGUAUAUCGCACGCGCCCAGAUGACCCAGCGAGCACGAGAACUACCACUACCACUACUGAUACGACCACUACCACUGCCACCGAAGCCACCCCUACUCCGACGGACGGUUCCGAAGACGUUGACAGUGGAAACGACUCAAGCGGACAAGGUCGGAUUGCAGGGGCUGUGGUCGGGCCCAUCGCUGGGGCUGCCAUCAUCGGUGCGGUGGUCUUCUUCUACCUGCGUAGCAAGAAGCACCUGCUUACCGCUCCCGUCCAGCAGGUCUACUACCAGGAACCGUACUACGGGCCUGCUCAGGCUGCUCCAAAUAAUGUUGUCUCGCUCGGGACAUCAGAGUUGGCAAAUGCGCAGUACCGGUAUGGGCCGACGGGAGCAGCGACCGAAAUGCGGGGGCUCCCAGUGGCCGAGAUGCCCAGUACAAGGCAGACCCAUGAGCUGUCGUCUAGAUGGUAG